AUGAGCAGACUCUUUAAGAAGAAACGCAAGCUAGAGGUGGAAGGCAAAGACGCUUCCGAAUGGGAUGCAAAGAUCGUUGCACUGGCUGAGAAGGAGAAGAUCAGGGUACCCAUAAGCCAGUACGACUACUACGUCAACAUCAAGAAAGGAGGUUGGAGACAGGCCAGGCCACAGCUGGCUGCGGAGCGCGACGAGGCGGCGCGCUUGCGAGCGCAACCAAAAACGCUUGACAAACUUGAUAUGAAGAGCUUGUACGAUUUACGCGACCGCGCACGGGCCGAAGGCAAGUCGUAUGCAGCUGUUCAGGCACAGAUCGAAGUCAAGGCAGCAGAACGAGGCUUUGCUCGGGCCCCCGAUACUUUGAGCGGCUGGUACAAUCGUCGUAAUGACAGAACCCCACUGGCCGACGAAGCGCCCAAGCACAACAAAUGGACAGGUAUGACCAAGCUGUUCCGAGCGAGAGAAGCUGCACUCAAGGAGCACAAAGAUACUGAAGAAAUUGACGAUGAGAUCGGUGCAAUAGCAGCACAGCGCGGAGUGCCCUUCCCAAGGUCAGCAAGGCACUUUAAUGCUCUGAUUUUCAGAAAGCGCAAGGCCGAGAAGCAAGCCAAAGAGGAGGCAGGGCGGCAUGCCGCUCCUCAAGAGUCACCAGAGCGGCCUGCGAGAGGGUCCGACUCCUCGCCUAACACUGUGCUCGAUCAUCCGCCUGUCCAAGGUGUUUGA